GCGCGCUCCCGCAGCCGAUCCCCGCAUCAGUUCUCCGCUUUGAAGGGAUGCGUGGAACACGAGAACUCCGUGCAGCGGAGCGUUAAUCACGAUGCAAAGAGGGAACAGAAAGUGCAAAGUAGCACCAAGCCGUGCCGAGGUUCCACAGUGAUACAGAAACUGAGAGCGAAGCGCCCGCGGUCUCGCGUCAAGCGCGAUCAUUUCAGGGAGGCGUGUUGGGGAGAAGAAAAUGCCUUUUUGUAAAAGAACAAUCGUCCCCAAAUAUGUAUGUAAGGAUGACCCGAAGACCCAAGGCAUCGUUUUCACGGACCUGGUGGAUGUGUGCGGGUUUGCCCUGCGCUCCGUGCUCCGGCAGCUUUCGGACCUGUCCCGGCAGUCUGUCAGCAUCCUGGAGGAGCUGGAAGGCGAACUCGUGUCCAUUUGUCAUCGCUCCGGAACGCUGGAGAGCAAAGUUAUAAACCUGCAAAGACACGUUCUGGCUUUGGCCACCAAGCCACCACCAACAACCACCACUAACUUGGACUUGGAGAGCAAGCGAGCGGGCCACUUCCGGUUGUCAUGGCAACAGCAUGUGAAUGUGCUGGGCUUGUGGAGUAGGCCAGAGUGUGUGCGGGAGCUGCACCAGGAGGCUGAGCUCAAUCUACACAGCCUGCUGCGAGAAUUUGGGGAGCAGCUUUACGACCACGAAGUCCCAGAGCAGACUUUGGGACCAGCGCCGUCUCAGAGCUCAGAGGUGUGUGUUGAUGAGACAGCUUCAGGUGGAAUUUCGUGUGAAGACUCACCUGGCAGCACCAAAGCCCGGCCCCUGCCCGGGCCUCCUGUCCCGGAGAAGCCGCACUGGUACCUGAGACGCUACGGCCCUGCUCACCUGAGGCCCACAGGUUUCACAGCUGACGGGAUUCUGGCUGUGGACCUGAUUCCGGGCGCCCUCGGCCCCCGGCCGUUCCCGCGGUCCCCGCUGCGGAAGGCCUGCAGCGACCUGCAGCUCGGCCUGCACCCGUCCCGAGGAGGGGGUGCGGACAUGAUGGAGAACGUGACGCUGGGGUGCCCCAGCUCAUCCUGGAACGGCCCCCGCGGCUCCACCUUUUCCCCCGUGUGGGACGACUCCUUCAACUCCUUCCUGCUCAGCACGGCUCCCAUCGCCACGGCGACGGCAGCCUCCUCCCGCCACGCCUCCCAGGGCAGCUUGGGGUCACACUCUCUCGCCUCGGUUUCCAUGGAGAUGAUGGCCGAGCCUCACAGUAGCGCUGCCGUUGCUGCCGGCGACAGGAGGGAGUCACAGGGGGCGGACCACUCCCUCUCCACGCCCACUGACUCCGAUUCGCUGUCGUCGGCGGAGCGCGCCUCCAGCAGGGCCACGCCCGCUCAGGACGGGGAGAGACACGCCCUGUCCUACCCCAGUGGCAGCUCGGAGGACGGCGCCAGCCCUCGCAGUGCGGCGGUCUCCACGGCGAUGGAUCUCCCAGGAGACGGGCGUCCGCGCGCCCGGUCCCGCAGCAUCUCUCUCAGGAAGCCGAAGAAGAAGCCCGUCCCCCCGGUGCGCAGCGUGUCUCUGCUGAAGAACGGCCACGCCCACCGCCGGCCCAAGAGCCUGUGCAUCCCGCGCGAGCAGCCCGACCUGGUGCUGAGCGCCAGCCCCGCCCUCCUGCCACACCCGGGCGGGGCAGGGGCCGCCGGCCACCACCGCUCCCUGUCCUGCUCCAGCGCUGCGCUGGGGAUGGCCGCUCUCGGCAGCUCCGAAUCCCUCACCUCCCCCUCCUCCUCCCGACACGACUCCCCGUCCCAGCUGUCCCCGGAGGCGGAGUCUAAACCCCGCCCCCUGAAGCCCGGCACGCUGGUGUCCCCGUCCAGCGGCUACUCCAGCCUGUCGGACACGCCCACCUCGCUGAUCACCGGGCCCUCGCCGCUCGGCUGCAGGAUGCGGCCCAAGAUCCCGGAAAGGAAGUCAUCGUUGCCGCCGGCGAUGGCGCGGGAGCGGGCGGCGCGGGCCCGGCUGUCCUGCGAGCUGCCUCUGGCCUCGCACCCGGAUCCGACCCCCCCCAAACCGCAGCCCAAACACAGCCGCCGGCACUCCGACUCGUCCCGGCUGAGCCAGCCCAUCAUGCCCCUGGUGACAGAGAGCGACCUGCGAAGCAUUCGGCUGCGGAGUGUGGGGCUGCCGGAGCCCAACGACGCCGCGGAGAAACCCCCCGGCAUCAGCCAGGAGCGGCCGAGCCCCGCCCCAAACGCCAACCCCAGACCCAAACCUCCCAUUGCAGCCAAACCUCAGAUAUCCAAACGGCCCCUGAGCCUGACGAUCAGUAUGCCCACUCCUGCCUCUGCCCCUGUCCCUGCCCCUGGUCCCGCCCCUGACCCUUCCCCUGCCCCCGCCACCUCCUCCCCGCCCACCUCGCCCACAUCGCCCACCCCCUGGCCGCUGCCUCCAGGCAGCAUGUAUAAAGUCAUGAGGAAGCCGAAAUCCAGGAAGGGUCCGGCUCCGGCGCCUCCCGACCCCGGGGCAGCUGAGGAGAGUGCUCAGCAGCAGCAGCAGGAGUCGGAACGCCAGCAGGGGGCAGGCUUCGGGGACCCGCCCCGCUCCAGCGGCUCAGAGGCGCAGGGUACGAGCCGCACCCUGCCGAGCAGAAUCACCAUUUCCUGCCUGGCAGAGCUGGACAGGAGGCAGAAGGUUAAGCCGCCUGUCCCCAGAAAGCCCAACAUCCUCCUCCUGCCCGUCGACGGUGUCCAUGGCGACGCGACCCCCGACCUGCCGCCCGACAGCGAGCCCGCGCAGGAGGGAGGGGAGCCAGGUGCCCAGCCCCACCUGGAAACACCUGCACCCAGAGCUGAGCCAGAGGAUGGCAGGGCCGAGGGGCGGAGCUCCGAACAGGAGAGGAGCACCUCGUGUGCACCGGAGGACGACGACUACGACGAUGUGUUCGACAACAACUCCACCCCCCACACCACCGAGGAUCUCUUCACCAUCAUUCACAGGUCUAAGCGCAGAGUGUUGGGCAGAGAGCCGCCAGACUCCUUCGGCAGCCGGCAGAGUUUGGCGUCACCGGUGAAGAGCGAGGGUGACCCGCGGGCCAGAACCCUCAGCGCCGGCAGGUCCAGCUCCCGAAACAACAACUUCCUGGCUCUGCUGCAGCGGCGGGGCAGCAAGUCCAGCCCCGGGGGGCGCGUCUCCGCCAUGGAACUGCUGCGAAACACCAACCCACUGGCCCGCAGAGUCUCAGACUUCUCCCACAGCGACUGUGACUCUGACAGGGGCUCCAAUCCGCCCCCUCAGCUGUGACUCGCUGCUUCCUCUCAGAUCUUAGCUGCGGUUUGUUCAUAGUGUUGCUUUUUUUCUGUGUUUUCUGACGGCUUUCUGUUUGUAAAGAUCUCUCUUUCCCAAAGUGAGUGAUUGGAUGUUUUUGAAUUUUAGAUUUUUUUUAAAAGCCCUAUUUUUACCAUCAUUAAUCCUGUGAAUAAAGGACAGGGUCGUGGCGGUAGCCAUGGAGACCAGCUGCCGGCUGCUGCAGAGGUUUGGGAUGUAGCCCAGGGACGCCAGCACCUGGGUGUGCAGGUGAGGAUCCACACCCUGCAGGGCCAACAUGACGGAGAUGUAGACUGAAAGGAAACGUCUCAGCUCCACUGGAAAAGGAAAGGACAUGAUGGACGUGUGUCUUUGGAAGCAGGUGAAGCAGCUUAAUCACAGGAAGCAUCAUUAAUAGACUGUGCUUUUGGACGGAAAACGAGACAGUGAUCUCUGUCUGACUGACUCAACUACGUUAUUCAUGUGUUGGAAGAAAUCGACAGAGAGAGGAUUCGGUCAGUGUGUAAGAGUGUAGCCAGGCCAGUGUACAAUGCCAGUGUGGACUUCAAAUGGCAGGGGGAGUGGCAGACCCCCAGGAAGCAGACAAUGCCCCUCGGCAUGCUGGGAGAUGAGACUGCACAGAUAGGGGAAGGGCUACAGUGGUGGUCAUGUGACCGUCACGUGACAGUGAUUGACAGUGAGUCAUUCUGAAUUUGAGAGGAGUCACAUUGCUCAAAUGGCUGAAGUCUUCUAUCGGACUCUCAGGUGUUUUUUUUUCUCUCAGGUGUCCUUUAUAUUUUUGGUGUUUGUACAUUCAUAUUUUGCUCUUUAGAUAUACAAUGUAGAUGUGUAUGUACAUAACAGAUAUAUAUGGGAUUGUAAGCAUCAGGGAGUUUUUGCUGAGCAGAGACAUGACCUGGGUCAGUUCUGAUCUGAGUUUCGGCUGUAUGCACCAGCCAGCUGUCCUGAGGAUGGCUGCAGUCCUUCUGCGCAGCUGGAUGGAGUGUUUACACUGAUGGACAUGUCUCUGCGCAGACACUUUCAUCACAUUGGUCUGUUUUUUUGGGGAGAACCACUCUGAAACAUGGAAGAGGAAGCCAAGGGGCAGAGAGGCAGAUACCAUAUUUACUGAGCAGAUAUUCAGCUCUGUCUGCUUAACUGUGUUCGGUCUGAGAGAGCAUGCUGUGCAGCUGUUGGGAAUGUCCUAAACAUGGAAGUAUGGAGAAGGACAGGAACACAGAGCUGAUUAUCUGUCCAGGAAACAGAGUAUCUGCUGUGAAUGCCAGGUAGCUGGCCGGGGCUCGCACUGCCGGCUCCGGGGGUCAGCGGAAG